AUGUCUUACGGUCGGACAGCAAUAUUUGCUGCUGUUUCAUGUAAUCGUUUUAUAAGACAAUUUAAAAAUGCAUUACCCUAUGUAUUUGGUACCGCUACAACAAUCGCAUAUUGUUAUACUCAUAAACCUUUUAAUAAACAUCAUGCAACAACACUUGAUUCAUUUAAAACUGAUGUUUCGGAAACAUAUCCAGAUAAACCAUUGGAAUCAUUUAUGGCUGAACCAAUAACAAAUAAAGAUCUACUGCAAAAAAAUUCUUAUCAAGCACGAAUGGAAGUCUUUAUAUUAAAAUUACAAAAACAACUUUGUCAAUCAUUGGAAGAUUAUGAAAUUAAACAAAAUAAUCAAGUUCGAUUUAAAGUUGAUCGUUGGACACGUGAAGAAGGUGGUGGUGGAAUAACAUGUGUUAUGCAAGAUGGUGAUGUUUUUGAAAAAGCCGGUGUUAAUAUAUCAGUUGUUCAUGGUAAAUUACCUGUUCAAGCAAUUGAACAAAUGAGAGCACGUGGUCAUCAAUUUGUUGCACGAAAUACAUCAUUAGAUUUUUUUGCAGCUGGUAUAUCAUCAGUUGUUCAUCCAAGAAAUCCACAUGUACCAACAAUACAUUUUAAUUAUAGAUAUUUUGAAUUAGUUGACGUCGAUGGGAAAAUACAUUGGUGGUAUGGUGGUGGUACUGAUAUGACACCUUAUUAUUUAAAUGAAACUGAUUGUAAACAUUUUCAUUUAUCAUUAAAAGAAACUUGUGAUAAAUAUGAUAAUUCCUAUUAUUCGAAAUUUAAAAAAUGGUGUGAUGAUUAUUUUAAUAUAAAUUAUCGUUCAAAUGAACGUCGUGGAAUUGGUGGUAUUUUUUUUGAUGAUCUUAAUCAACCCGAUCAAGAAUCAUGUUUUAGUUUUGUUAAAGCUUGUGCAAAUACAGUUAUACCAUCUUAUAUUCCAAUAGUAAAAAAAAAUUAUCAACAAACAUAUACAACACAAGAACGUGAAUGGCAAUUAUUACGACGAGGACGUUAUGCUGAAUUUAAUCUUGUAUUAGAUCGUGGGACAAAAUUUGGUUUACAAACACCUGGUGCAAGAAUCGAGAGUAUUCUUAUGUCAUUACCACCAGUAGCUAAAUGGAAAUAUGGUUGGGAGUUUAAAGACGAUUCACCAGAAAUGAAACUUAUGAAAGUUUUAAAAGAACCAAAAGAAUGGGUUUAA